AACAGGCAAGUCUGAACACAUCUUAUGUGCGGUCCCUCUGAUCACUACGCAAAGGUCCAGGAUCUUGCUUUGCGCGAUUCGGCAACAAGGACACUUCCAUUGUGUGUUGCAUAUUUAAGUGAUCUAUAAUUUGUCGACAGCAAAAACUGUUACAAUGAUACGUCUAUUUUAUAUUUCUGGAAUAUGACUUUGCAACAUUGACACGAUCUACCUGUCAAGAGGAAUAAGCUAAACCACAAGCUCAAUAGAAUAUCAAGUGUUGCUGGUGUCCACGAUGAUUCGUGAAGAUGAGUUAGCAUCAGCAGCAGCGACUGGAAACGUGGACCAUGUAGGAAUUUUACUUCAAGCUGGGGUUGAUGUUAAUGCGGUAAAUAGAUUUGGACGAACACCUCUGCAGGUGAUGAUGAUGGGCAGCACUAGAGUGGCACAGCUACUACUGAAACACGGAGCGAACCCCAAUUUGUCUGACGAGAGCACCGGCGCUACACCACUCCAUGACGCUGCAAGAGAAGGAUUUCUGGACACGGUGAAGAUUCUAAUCGAAUUCAACGCCGACAUACGUGCCCAGGACUAUAGAAGCCGCCGACCUGUUGAUCUGGCGCGGGAGAACGGACAUCUAGAGGUGGUUACUUUUCUUGAAUCUCUGUAAAUUUCUACAGCCAUUUGUUUUAUUUAUUUUUUAUUCAUAUAAGGCUUUUUUAAUUUAUACAGAUUUUAUGUGCCAAGAUCUAAGUAUUAUUUUAUGGAAAAAAGCAUACUUUGUGCAGGCUAUGCAUUUUAUGGAGGUUAUGUGAUCCUCUUAAUAAUAAUUGAAUCAACGGUUCAACUGGUUCAUAGAACCACUGGCAGAAAACUGUUGAAUAUAAAUGAUUAAAAUCAUUCUCCUGACUAAUUAUUGUGUAUCUGUCGUAUUGUCAAUGUGUUAAAAUGGGCUGUAUAUAAGAAGCUAAAUGUGGGUCUGAUGUACGUUAUUUAAAUGAAUGCUGAUUUUAUUGUGUUUUGGAGUUCUGUCGUAGCCUAUGCAAGGCCAGAAAAUUAGAAUGUGAAGGAAGGCAAACUGGUAGGUGUGCCAUGAAAUGUGUGUACCCUGCUGUAAUGGGAUUAUAAAAAUGCUAUUAAAGUGUUUUACAAAAAGCUAAA